AAAUUGUUCAAAAAAUAAUAUCAACAAAAGAAAAUCGUGCGUUUUGCUCUUAAAAUCUAUUAAAGAAAUGAAGCGUUUUUUCUAUCUGACAGAAUCAUUUCAGGAACCAGCUGAUUAUACAGUUACACCAAAUGAAUUAUUAAAAUUCGAUACACAACAUCCAGAAUUAAAUAGUCAAGAGUUUUGGUAUAAUAUCUCAAAUUAUCAGGCACCAGAUGAUUACCUUCCAACUUAUUCAUCUAUUCGUCAAAAUGAGCACGGUUUAUUCAUUUUAGCAUCAAACGAUUUUGCAUCAUGUGUUGCUGGCGGCGUUUUAGCUGGGGAUUAUAAUUUCAAUAAUUUUGUAACCAGUGAUUUCAAAAGUGCCAAGUUUACAGCAGUUCACAAAAACAAUUUGCUGGAUCUUUGUUACCUCAAUGAUAUUACGUUUGUGGCAACAACAGCAAGUAACUCGAUGGAAAUGUAUAGCACCAAAGCACCUGUAACAUUAGAAAAAGAAAACCAUCAAGAGAUUUUCUGUUUCAUAAAAAUAAGUAGCAAAAUAACUGAAGGGCGAGUGACAUGCUUAAGUCAAUUUAAAAGGAAGAACAGACUUAUUACUGGAACUUCAAAAGGACAUUUUGAAUGCUAUGAAUACGACUCGAAGGAACUCUUUCUUUCUUUUAGUCUUCCUUAUGGGCAUAGUAUGGAAAUUACAGGAAUUUCCACACAUCCAUCUAUAGAUCUUAAUUGGGCAUCAACAUCACACGACAAGAGUUGUUUAUUAUGGGAUAGACGUCAAGUAUAUCCAACAAUUAGUUUAAUUGAUAAUCAUCACGAUCAAUUGACUGACGUUAAAUGGCUUAAGGAUGAAAUAAUAAUUUUAAGUGAUGCUGCUGGAAAUUUGAUGGUAUUUGAUACUAGAAACGAUCAGAUUCCCAUGACCAAAAUAAAUGUCUUGGAUAGAAAAAUUAACUCUCUUAACUUCCAUAAAUCCAAUAAGAUAUUUGGUGUGAUCUCAGAUUCAUGUAAUGCUUACAUCUACAAAAUCGAUGAGAAGAAUGAAUUAAAGCUAAUUCAUGAACACAAUGCUGAUCCAAAUGUGUUGAACUCGUUAUGCUUCGAUGUUAAAAAGCCCAACACAUGUUAUGUUGUCGGUGAUGGAAAAUACGCAAAGGAAAUAACAUUCACUCAGGAUAACGAAUAGAGAGAUAACUUAAAAAAAAGUCCUCUUAUUUACUGUAUAAGAUUAAUAUAAUAAUAAAUUCAAGGUUACAUGUAA